GCCGAGCGGAGCAUCUCAUCCGGGCCGCUGACGACGGUCGCCUGCAGCAGCUAGCGCUCAACAAGUUACUUAAGUACCCAGGUAGGUAUAGGUACGGAGCACUCCGUACAACAGCACCUAGGCCCCACUGAGAGGCGUGGCAGCUUGCCUACGGCGAGCAGAUCAACUCGGCCGAGUUUGGGAUUUCACUUCCAAUCCAAAUGUUGGGCAUCCUCGUGAAUAGCUGUUUGAGCAGUCUCGCAGUCUCGCAGGGCUUUUUGUUCAUCCUCUAUCUCCUCCACCAACAUGGAAGAUGUUGUCCGCGCUCUCCCCGAGGCGUCGGUCCAGGAGACCAGCUUUGAGGAUGACGUCCUGUCCGACAAUGACAACAAUGACGACAAUGACGAGAAUGCACGACGUCAACAGUCUCAUCAGCCAACAGCACAGCCAGACGAAGCUGCUCUCUGCCCGGCUGCAAAUGGCUCACAGCCACAGAGUUGCAACCAAGAUGGGCCCUCAAAGCUCACCACGUCCGCCGGUUCCACCACCGCCAGAGCCCUCGCGCCAGACCUCCUCCGGGGCCUGGUGAUGGUGCUCAUGGCCCUGGAGUACAACACAUACGCACUGAGUCCCUGGCAGCAUGAGACCGCCAUCGAUGGCGAGACCGACAGCGGGGUCCCGGUGCACCGCUGGAACCGGUCAGUUGCCUACGUCGUCCGCUCGCUCACUCACCUCUGUGCAGCGGGCUUCACCUUCUUGCUCGGCAUGGGCAUUGCCUACUUUGGGACAUCCCGCAGGGCCCUGGGAUGGUCCCCGGGCAGCAUGGCCUGGCACUUUGUCACCCGCGCCUUGGUGCUCGCCCUGAUUUGCGUGCCUCUGGGGCUGGUGCUCACCCUCGGCAGGGUCUGGUUCAUGCCUGUCGUGCUGUUCGCGCUGGCCGUGGAUUACCUCCUAGCCGGGCUGCUGUGGCUGCUCGUCUCGAGGACUGAGGAGUCAUUGGCCUUCGGACUGCUCAAGAUCCUGCCGGAUGCGAGGAAGGAUGACGCCAGCGAGCCGUUGCUGGCCGACCGAAGGGGCGAGGAGGACAUCGCGCCAGACAGGAAGAUUAUCCGUGCCUCUGACAUCUCAUGGCAUCUUCACAACGCCACGCUGUUAGUCCUCGCGGUGGUGGCGAUCUGGUGGAACCUGUGGCUCUCUCCUACUAGGGGUCACUGCGAGUCAUCGGGGCCAGCGGACAGUCCCUCAGCUGCAAUCUAUCCUCCACGAAACAACUGGUUCCGCCUGUGGUUCUACCCGUUCUUUGCACGUGGUUUCGUCUCGGCCUAUCCGCCGCUGGCCUGGGUGUCCUUUGCCAUCGUGGGCCUUGUCUACGGCCGAGUCGUGGUGGCGAGGCCUUGGACCAAGACGGUGCUCGCGGUCGGCAACCUGAUGGCAGCGUUACCAUUCCUGCUUGUCUUCGUCCUGACACGCGUGCUGCAAUUUGGAAACCUCUCCAAGGACUGUCUCCACAUGCCAGAGCAUGAGGCCAAUCCCAACGCUAACCCUUACCUCCUCUCUUGGAUGUCAUUUUUCUACCUCGUCAAGUACCCUCCUGACAUCGCGUUUUGGUCGUAUGGGAUCGGCUUCAACAUUUUGCUGCUUGCCUUUUUUGGUGCGCUUCCAACAGUCAUUGCCAAGACGGUGUUGAACCCCCUGCUUGUUUAUGGGAACUCGGCUCUAUUCUUCUACAUCACGCACUUGGUCCUGCUUCUCGCCACCAGACUGAUCUGGCUGCCCAGGUUCGGACGCGAAAAAGGGUGGACUAACCCACAUACAGGCGACCGCGUUGUGGGAAUCGACAGUCAAUGGGUUUAUUGGGCGAAUUGGGUGCUUGUGCUGGCGGUGCUUUAUCCCCUCUGCAGAGGGUAUGGGGCGUUCAAAAAGAGGAAAGGGCCCGAGUCCCUCUGGAGAUUCUUCUAGGGUUUAUCGACAGGACUGCUGGAUAUUUGUUGAUUUAUGGAUAGAAACCCCCGCAGGAAGAUCCAUGUCUAAACCAGGUCAUUCAUACAAUUCAUAAACAGUAAAGCCAAGGAAGGGAACCAUAAGAGAAAGCCGCCCAGAUCACACCACAAAAGGCCAGGCUAGACCGAUCCAAAUAUCCCAGUCCUUAGCAAGCGCGGCUGGCCGGCCAUACAAGAAGUCAAAAAGUGGUCAUGUGUAAGCAUAUGGCCAGCUUCCUGGCAGCAUCUACUAAAUCAAG